AUGGAGGAGAAGAAGGAAAAGGAGGCAAAAAAGCCAGAGAUACUGAAAGAAAGAGACUGCGAAGACUGGUGUUUUGUUUGCAAAGAUGGUGGAGAGCUAAUUCUCUGUGACUUUGAAUGCUGUGUCCGGGCUGCAAAGUUCUUAUCUGUUAGAGGGGAUAGAGGAUUAUGCGAAGAAUGUUUAGAGUAUGUACAGUGUGUAGAAGGGAAAGAUGAUGUGGAUGCUGAUGGGGGUGAGAUAGACUUGACAGAUCGAGAUACGUAUGAAUGUCUGUUCUUGGAAUAUUGGGAAAUCAUAAAGGAAGCAGAAGGCUUGACAUGGGAUGAUGUGAUUUUGGCAGAGCUUGGGUUGAGAAAGCGUUCCAAACGCAGCUUUAAGUCGACUAAAAUUGGAAAGAGCAAAAAUGAUGGUGACAUGGUAAUGUAUGAUAAUAAUCUGGAAAUUACCAAAGGCUACAAAACAACAGGAAAAAGGAAGGGGUCAAAGCCAAUGGAAUAUGAUGGGUGGGGAUCAAAAGAGCUUAUUGAGUUCCUUAGAUUUCUUGGAAAAGAUACAACAAAAGAGUUAUCUCAGUAUGAAGUUAAUUCGAUCAUCUGUUCAUACAUUAAAGAAAAAGAACUUUUUGAUCCAGAAAAGAAAAAGAAAGUUCUUUGUGAUGAAUGGCUUCGUUCAGUUUUUAGAAGGAAAUCUUUAUAUAAAAAUGGCAUACUUAACCUUCUGGAAUAUCAUUUUACUGCAAACUUAAUUGAUUCACAGUCCGAGGAGGAUGAAAAUAUGGAUGAAGUUGAAAGAAGUUUGCAAGACAAAAAUGAGAAAAACACUGUAACAUUCAAGAGGCAGAAAACAAUGGGCUUGUGUACAAAGUCUGAAGAAAUGGAAGCAGUUCCUAAACUCUAUGAGAGUGGUUUUGCAUCUAUAGUUGCUGAGAAUAUCAAACUUGUCUACUUGAGGAGGGGCUUAGUGGAGGAGCUGUUAAAGGAGCGUGAAACUUUUGAAGGUAAGACUCUGGGAAGCUUCGUGAAAGUUAAAAAUGACCCCAGAGAUCCCAGUGCUAGAAAUCUUUACAAGCUUUCGCAAGUUACAGGUAUAAAACAAUCCCCAGUAAUCGGAGAGAAUAAGAGUGAAAUUCUCUUAAGAGUUUCCAGUAUGCCAAUGGAUGUUUGCUUUUCUAUGCUAUCAGAUUUGGACUUAUCUGAGGAAGACAUUGAGGGUUUGAGACAAAUUGUGGAGGAAGGCUUACAUCCGAAACCUACUAUUAUAGAUAUCGGAGAUGCUCAAGACUGA